AUGCCUUAUCAUGAAGCCAUAUAUUGCGAGCUCGAAGAAAAAGGUUUAUUAAAUACCAUGGAAUUUCUUAAACAAUUAAUUACUUUUCAAGAAACAUCCAGGAAACAAGGGGCUGAUACAGCCUCAGCAAACAAACCAAGACUUGUUAAUAGUAAAAAUCAUUUAGAUUACUUGGUUGAUGGUCUUAGUAAAGCUGAAAUUGCAGAAAAAAAAGCAAAAAAGUAUUGCUUUGACGAAGCUAAGUGGGAAUGGUUAGGAGAGCAGCUAGUGAUACAAAGUAAAGCAGCCUCUUCCAGGCUUGAGGGCAAUAAAUUGCAAUUAAAAGCCAUUAGUGAGUACAUGCAUGGUAGAUUUAUAAUUGAAACAACUGAUUCAAAGGAGCUGGGUAUAGUUCAUCUGGAAAGUUGCAGAGAAACUUCAAAUGGAAAGCCAUGGAAAGCAAAAGCGUUUUUUCCGGAGCAUAAGCAAAGCUUGGCCGAAGAAGUUUGUUUAACUUUGUACCACAUGUAUUACAAUGAAGCUAAGGAGUUGUUAAAAACCUUUCCCAAGAAUGCUGGAAAGUAUGCUUUGCUAGCCAAGAAGCGGGCAAUGCAAGCCUGUUUUACUGAGGGAAUAACAGAAUCGAUGUUGUUAAAAGGUAUAACAGAUUUGGUGGACAACAAUUUAGAGUUGGCCAUACAGUCAAUGGUAGCUGCAUUUGGUGUACAGAUGAAGAAUGAAGCAUAUGAUCCAAGGCUUAAAAUAGCUAUGGAAAAAUUAAGGUCUGCUUAA